GUUUGUUAAAACUGCGGCCCUAAUAUGACGACAUAAUUUGACUAGUUUUUAACGGAUGAAGUUCGGCAUCAUUUUAUAACUAAUUAUUUUUGAAAUGGCUGGCACCAAUAACGUUACUAACAAGGCAAAAGAAGUAGCCGAGGAGUAUAAGUCUGCUCUUGCUGACCUAACAUUUAAUUCAAAACCAAUGAUAAAUCUGUUAACUAUGCUUGCUGAUGAAAAUAGAGACUGUGCACAAACGAUUGUUCAGGCUAUAUGUGACAGAAUAAAGCAAGUAGUAGUUGAAGAAAAGAUGCCUGCUCUCUACCUGCUAGACUCUAUUUUAAAAAAUUUGUGUGGGGAAUAUGUUGCAAUAAUCUCAAAGUAUGUCACUGAAACAUUUUGUCAUGUUUUUGAACAAGCUAAAGAUGAACGGAAAAGAUUACAGCUGUUUAAGCUUCGUAACACUUGGAAUCAGUACCUUCCUGGAAAAACACUUCAUGACUUAGAUAUAAAAACAAACCGAUUUGAUCCGAAUUGGCCUAUUUGUGCCUCUACAGCAACAAAUGUUCAAAACAUAAAUUUUACUAAUACUCCACCUGCUGUUGUCACUCCUACUCCACAAAAAGUUAUUCAUGUUAAUCCUAAGUUUCUGCAGAAAAAAGAAGAAAACCUAAACAUUGCAGUGACUUUAGCAGCAACAAUUGCUGGAGAACAUGCUGACAAGGAACCUGGAAGCUUACCUAAUAAAAUUGCUAAGGAGAUUUUGUUACAAAAAGAAAGACAGAUUCAGGAUAGAUUGAAAAAGUUGCAGACAGAAAAGCUGCUUCGAGAAAGACAACAUCAUGAAGAAACAUUGCGGAAACAAACUUUGGAACGAGAACGAGUGCUAGCUGAACAAAAGAGAAAGCUUGAACUCCUUAAAAAACAACAGCAAUCAUUGGCUUCUCAGCCUAAAGAAGUAAUUUCACAGCCAUCAAAAAGUAAUGAUUUGGGACAAAGUAGCUUUGUUAAAGACCCUCGAUUAAGAAGUGAUUCACAAAGUAAAGAUGAAGCCAAUUUGUCUUCUAACUUAAAAGCUGGAUCAAAUAAAAAUCUUACUGGAAAAUCAGCUGUAAAUGUAAUGAACAAAAUAAUGACUAGUCUGCAACCUAAAAAUCUAAAAUCUCAAACAAAAAAAACUGAUAAUGAGAAAGUCAGAGAAAAUCAUGUAACUAGUAAGCCUUCAAGCUCAGCUUCUAAUUUUAAUACUGCAAUUUCAUCUAAACCAUGUUUUUCAAAAAAAUCAAACAAUGAAACAACAGCAAGUCAAUCUGUUAGAUUAGAUUCUAAAUCAAAAGUUGUUGAAGCAAAGACAAAUACAACAGCUGCUUUGCCAAAAAAUGUUGAAAACACACUAGCUGUAUCAACAGAGCAAAUGCCAAGUAACAGCUCCUCUAAUACCUCUCAUUCCCUUGUUCCGUUGCCUAACGCAUUUGCUCAACUAAGUGAUCGAGAUAUGCAAAUAGCUGCACAGGCUGCUGCUAUAGCUACUGCUAUGCACCAAAUGCAGUCAUCUAAAAAUGGCAUUAUUGAUACAGGUCAAUCAGCUAGUUUAGCAGCUACAUUAAUUCAAUUGGUUCAAUCAACUGCUCCUCCUAUUAAACCUCCAUGUGAUUUAUCCACACCGCCAAAUGAUUCUUCAAGUAGAGUAGAAAAAAAAGAAACUUCAAAUAGUUAUUCUUCGGAUCAAUCAUUUGUAAAUGAAACUGAAACUAAAAAUAAAGAAGCAUUUCUUGCUGGCAGAAAUUAUCAUCAAAAAGGUGUAGAUGAUAUUCAGAAUAAGAAUAGAAACGAUGCUCCACAACUUCGCAACAAAACCCGACAAAAUAUGUCAUCAGUAAAAGAUGAUUCAAAUAGUUUACAAUAUGAUAAUAACAGGGAGCAUUCAAUCGCUCCUGGAUUAAGAAAUAAAGAUUGGGGUAGGGAACAAUAUUAUGACGAACCACCAAGUAAAAAAUUGUGUGACGAGGUUGAUAGAUCAAGAAAAGCCAGAGCACGUUCACCUUCUCGUUAUCAUUUUCGUAUGGAGAAAAAAAUAGAAGUUGAUAAGAAGUUAGAUAACAAAGAACCAUUUAGACAAAAUGUUUACAAGAACAAUAAUGAAGUUCAUACUUUUGACCACCAUGAAGAAAGAAUAAGAAAACCAUAUAUUGAUGAACAAAGUGAUUUAGAUGACAUAGAUCUUCUUGAUGGCAAUGAAAGGAAUUUUGCACCUGCUGGUGCAAAACCUGAGCGUCUGACUCAAGAAGAGUGGAUUGAGUUAAAAAAAGUUCGGAGAAAAGAGUUUAGAAACAUUAAAGGCAAAAUUUAUGAUACUGAAAGAGAAAAUCCAGAUACUUUUCCAAUGGAAGUAUAUGAUGACUUAAACAGAGAGAUUAUUUUUAAAUGUAAAGGUGGUUCAAUAUCAAAUGAGCAAAGUGUUGCUCUGCAAGAUAUCUUAGAUAAAGUUAGCAAUGAAAUGGCUAGAAAGAAGCAAUAUAUAAGACCUAAUCUUCAUGUAGAACCUGAAAAUGACCAUCUUCAUUGGAGAUCUCAUGAGGAUUCUAGGCAAUAUGAUAGAUUUAGUCCUAACCUUCCUCCCUUCGAAAGGCAUCCUGACAUUAGACCUAAUAGUCUUCGACCUUUUAGGCCUGCAAUAAAUGAAAGAAAUGGACCAUGGCAACCUCCAAUUGAAGGUAGAAUGCCACCAUUUCGAGAUGAACAUCAAUUUAGAGGAAGGAUGCGAGCACAACAUAACAGAGAUCAGAGACCUCUGCAUUUUCCAAGGCCCCAUGGAAUGGAGUGUAGGGGAAGGUUUAGUCAAAGGCCUCCAACUUAUGAUAUUAAUGGCGAAAUUUCUAAUCCUCGAUCUCAACUAAAUGAUCAUCAUCCUCAUAUGGUUCAUCCCAAGAGCUUUCAUUCACGACCUCCAAAUACUGGAAAUAUUCAUGGUUCUGUUAGUCAUCCAGAAAAUAGACCUUUAUUGGAUUCACAUUCUCCACCACACCAGACACAUUCAACUGCUCUCAGUUUAUGGCAUGAAACACUUCCUGGUGAACACUUCCCAAAUUUACCUCCCAAUCACUUUUCGAGUUCUGUACACAACUUUCAUGACAAAGAUUUUAAUAGAUCUCUUUUUUAUGAUGUUCAUUUUUCAGACUCAUCUGGACAAACUAGACAAGAACCACCUAAUCAAGAGAAAACUGGUGUGGUAAAUGUUCAGAAUCUUUUAGGACAAUUAAUAGCUGCUGGAGUUCUAAAUCAAGAGAAAACAACUUCUAAAGUAGACACGGAUAUACCAAAUAUUUCUCUAAAAAUUGAUGAUUUGAAAAAGCGUUAUCAACCAGUUAUUAACAACCUAUUUCUUGGAGAGCAAUGCUCUUCUUGUGGUGAACGUUUUCCUUGCAAUGAACAAAAUCUAUAUAGGGAACAUCUCGAUUGGCAUUUUCGACAAAAUAGAAAAGAGAAAGAUGGUAUUCGCAAAGUGUCAUCUAGGGCGUGGUACUAUGACUUGAAUACUUGGGUGGAACAUAGCGUCACUCAAUUCGCUGUUGAAGAUGGAAAAGCUCAAAGUGUAUAUUUUGAAUCUGAACGCUCGGUCUGUGAUGAAGUUAAAGAUAUAACUACUUCACUUAAAAGUGUAAAACAAACUGAGAAAGAUUUAACAAUAAGUGUUGCUGCUGAUGACGAAGAUCCAGUUUGUUACGUUUGUACAGAACCUCUGGAACAGUUUUGGUCUGAAGAGUUGGACGAAUGGAGGUUUAAAUUGGCUGUGAGAGAAAAUAAAAGGUUGUAUCAUUAUCACUGCUUUAAAGAUUAUGUACCUUUUGAACUGGACGAUUCGACACUAGCGCUUACUCCAACGACAUCGAUUUUACCAUUUACUUUAAAAAUCGAAAGUGGAGAUUCCUUACCAUUUAAAACUGAAAAUACGCCGGAAGAUGUUCUUGUUUCUGAAACUAAUACAGGUUUAAAAAUCGAAACGUUAGACGAACCAAUGGAUAUCGAUAGGAUCGUUAAAAAAGACCCCAGUAAUGAAUGCAGAACGAGCGAAUCGGAUGUUUUAUCGAAUAUUCAUUUAUUAAUAAAAUCUGAGCCUCUCGAUGACUCAGUAAAUAUUGAAGAACGUUGUGAAAAUUCUGUUCAUAAUAUAAGCACAGAUGCUUGUUUAGCGCCAGAAAUAAAUUUAUGAGGUCGGUUCGGUUCCGUUGCAGGGCCUUGUACCGACCGCGUUUU